AUGUUCCAAGUAGUUAAGAAACUGAAGCUACUAAAGAAGGCAUUGAAGAAGCUCAAUCAACAGCACUUCAGGAAUAUCUUAAAAAAGGCUGAGGAAGAUAGGGCAGCUUUAAACCAAGCACAUAAUAGAUUGUAUUUUGACCCCUCUAAUAAAGCUUUACAAGAACAGGAGACAACCAUGUACCAGAAAUUCAGGAAUUCCUCUUAUCUAGCUGAAAUGUUUCUAUUACAAAGGAGCAAAGCAAGCUGGAUUAAGCUAGGAGAUGACAACACUAGGUACUUCUACUCAGUAAUCAGACACAAAAGAUUGCAACAAGCCAUCACACAGAUCAAGGAUCAAAAUGGGGAACUAGCAACAGAUAAUGUAAGCAUAGCAAAUGUUCUGGUAGAUUACUAUGAAACUAUGCUAGGAAGGAAAGAAAGAAGAAGAGCAAAAGCAUUUCAUAGCUUUCUGAAGAAUGGCACUACACUGAAUGUUAUACAGCAGAUGGAACUCAUACAACCUUUCACAGUCAAGAAGGUGAAACAGGCUAUGUUCAGUAUAGAUGUGAACAAAAGUCCAGGUCCAGAUGGUUAUGGUAGUGGUUUCUAUAGGGAAGCUUGGAGUAUCAUUGGUAAUGAUGUUACAGCAGCUAUAUUGGAAUUCAUGGAGAAUGGCAAAUUGUUAAGGCAAGUCAACUCAACAGUAAUAUGUUUGAUCCCCAAAGUUCCAGUCCCAGAGUUUGCAAGUCAAUUCAGACCAAUUUCUUGA